GCGUGUGCUACUCAUACUCAGCCUGAGUUGGGGCGCAGGACGUGCUUCUUUUGACAUUCUUUAUUAUUAUUAGAUACGAUAUGGAACAAAAACAAUUUUGGUAUAAUUAUUCGAUACUGCGGUAUGAAUAUUAAAAUUCUCAACCUUUAAAAACAUUGUUUAGUCAAGAGCUCUUCUCACAGUGGGCGAAGGUUGUUCAAGCUGUUUGAUUAGCGCUUGUCGCUGGUAAUAUUUGCUUACUCGACGAAUUUGCUUGCGGACGUUGCAACUUGCAGUCUUGAUUGCGAUUUGUUACAAUAAUUGCCUAGUAUCUUCUGAUGCAGUUGUAGACUAGUGUGAAUUGAGAAAUUGGCAAAAUGAAUCAAAGAGAUACCAUGCUGAGUUCGGCGAAGAAGUUUUUAGAGUUUGUAAACGCAUCGCCAUCUCCCAUGCAUGCGGUACAGGAAUGCAAAACUCGGCUCCUCAAAGCAGGAUUUCAAGAGCUCCGAGAACGCGACAAAUGGAGCUUGUCACAAAAAUCCAAAUAUUUUGUAACCAGGAAUCAGUCUACUAUCAUUGCAUUUGCUGUUGGUGGUAAAUAUGUUGGGGGAAAUGGCUUCAGUAUAGUUGGGGCUCACACUGACAGUCCGUGUCCUAGAGUUAAAGUGAAAAGUGCACGAGAAAAGUUUGGAUAUGUGCAAGUUGGGGUCGAAACUUAUGGAGGGGGAAAUUGGGGGAGUUGGUUCGAUCGUGACCUUAAAUUGGCAGGAAGAGUGAUUGUUUCAACGGAAAAUGGAGCUAAAAUUGAACAAAGGUUAGUUCAUAUAGAUCGUCCAAUUCUGCGAAUUCCUCAUCUUGCUAUCCAUUUACAAAGAGAAAUGAAUGAUAGGUUUUCAAUCAAUAAAGAACUUCAUAUGGUCCCAAUCCUUGCAACACAGGCUGAAUAUCAAUUAAACAAAACUGCAGUGGUGAAGAAAGCAGGCAGCAGUUCUUGUCAAUCUAAGCAUCAUCCUGUGUUGACUCAACUACUGAGCAAAGAAUUAUCUGUUGAUCCUGAUUCUAUUGUUGAUUUGGAUCUUUAUUUGGCUGAUCAUCAACCUUCUGUUAUCGGAGGAGCAUUCGAUGAGUUGAUCUUUUCUCCGCGGCUCGAUAAUUUGUCGAGUACAUACCCAGCUCUUCAGGCUCUCAUUGAUUCAUGCAGUGAUGAGGAAUCUCUGGCAAAUGAGCCGAACAUUAGAAUGAUUUGUUUGUACGACAAUGAAGAAGUCGGAUCGUCAAGCGCACAGGGUGCAGGAUCUUCCAUCACUGAAUAUAUAAUGAGAAGAAUUUCAAAUUCUGCAGAAAAUCCUACAGCAUUUGAGGAGAGUGUGCCAAAGUCUUUCAUGAUCAGUGCUGAUGCAGCUCACGCAAUUCAUCCAAACUAUUUUGACAAACAUGAAGAAAACUUGCGUCCAUCGUUACAUGGUGGCCCUGUUAUCAAAAUCAAUAAUAAUCAGAAGUACGCAACAACCGUGGUUACAGCUGUUGUAAUCAGAGAGGCCGCACGAAUAGCUGGUAUCAGUACUCAGGAUGUCAUGGUUCGAAAUGAUUCACCAUGUGGUUCCACCAUAGGUCCGAUACUUUCAGCAAAGCUUGGCCUUCGUACCUGUGAUCUUGGAGCUGCAAUGUUAUCAAUGCAUUCAUGUCGAGAAAUGUGUGGAGCAAGCGCAAUAUCACAAUGUGAAAAGUUGUUUCUGUCUUUCUUCAAGAAUUUUCCUCAAAUUGAAGCAAAAAUGAAUCUUGAUUAACUCUGUGAUAUAUUCCCGUCGAAGUAUUUCAAAUUUGUAUGUUGCCAGUUAUCAGAAUGAUAAUUACUUCAAGUAAAUAGAUCGCUACUGUAAGUUCAGUAUAUCAUACCAAUUAUAAAUUAUUUCCAGAUUCUUAAUAUUAAUGUCAUUCUUCAUGAUUUUAACAUAAAUGAGACUUGGAAUCACUUGUAAUGUAGAUUUCACCAGGUUAGGGGUUCCUUCCCAAUUUGUAAGUUCUAUAAUCGUAAACCAAUUAUUCAAUGGGUGUUUUAAACAUUACUACUUUAAAAUUUGCAAUAGUUUUAUUCACCUCAGUAUCUGUUUGAAUUGAAAAUAUGAAUAUGCAUGUUGUUUGAGAAUCCCCGUUGAACAUUACUGAUAUGAUUUUUCUGUUCGCCAUAUCUUGCAGAUCUUAGUUUGUUCUCAAUCUAAAUGUGAUUUAAACUUUAUCUGGUGCUAUAGUUUGAAACAUAUUUAAAAAAUUCUUGAAAUAUUUUAUACCCAUAUUCUAUUUUAUAUGCUGUCAUGUCUUUUAGUUCACAUUGGUUCUGAGGCUUUAUGAAUCAAUGACUUUGGUCCAAGGUAUAUCAUGCUAUCAGUAAACCUAAAGUCUUGUUAACCCCCACUGUUGUUAUAUUUUAUAACUUCAAUAAUUCAUCAUUGUUAUGUACUUAGCGAUAUACUGUAACCUUCAUUCUGUGAAAUGGAUCUGUUCAGUCCAUGGAUCUGAAACAAAUAACUGGCCAAUUAUACCAUACCUAACAUGGAUUGGUGACCGGAUGAGAAGGUCAUGGUUCGCCAUAUGAUUAAGCUGUCUUAUUGACUUUCAUCUCCUCCUUGUUGGUUCAGAUAGAACCAGGAUCCUUCUACUUUGGCGUGGCUUUACACCAGGGGUGUGCAAGCUUUGAUACAGGAGGGGGGGCAGAUACGAAUAACUGGGUGAAAGCACGGGCUGCACCAUUAUUAUACAUAGGCUUUCUAGUGGUGGCAUGCACCAAAAUUUGGUUGUUGGUCUCAUGACAUACGUUGUGUGCUUCGCAGAAGAUCACAGGUACCAGAUCGAAGUAAAUGAAAAACUCGUUUCACGGGCGCACACCGUUCAAAAUUAGCAUUUCUCCGCGGGGUGAAAAUUUUUUUCAUAUGGGCGCAUGUUGCAUACCCCUGGCUUGCACAACGUGUCAAUCUGUUGUUUACGUAUGGGUUUUUUACUGAUAUAUGUAACCAGCAAGGCUAAUUAGUUGUGGUUUGCAAUUUUAUAUAAUUAUGUUCAAUGCGUUGAGUGCCAAUUAGAAAGUACUAAGUUUAUUUUCUACAUUGUACUAAUUAUUAUUCUUUAAUUAGCAUAGUUGUAGGUUCCUUCAACGUACAGUUCGUUUUUUAAUUAUGCAUUUUUCUUUCUAAUUCAUCGUAGUUGAUUUUUUUUAAUUUAUUAAUAACCGUCUAUAGGAAAAUGAUUUUUAAAUCAUGAAUGAUAUUCCCACUCGUGUUGGGGUGUGGGUUUCCUACCACUUAUGACUUUCUCUACACGAUUAUCCAAAAGCCCUAAAGAAAAGCAUAACAGAGGAAAAAUCAUUUAAAUAAUUGUGGUUUGGCUGUAGUGAUUUGAUUUAAUUAACACAUAUCUUACUCUUUAGAAAUUGCCGUUUGAUAUCAGUCAUUCAUACGAAGGCUUGAUGACACGUUUUAAAUAUCAGAUCGUUAUCAACGAUUCAUGAUAGAAAUAAAUCAUAUGAUGUUAUGUGCGCAAUUGAUUUUCGUGGUGAAAUGGAUUAGCUGUAUUAUAAACCACCUGCCGUUUCGAGACAAAUUCUAAAGCACAGUAAAUAUUUUGUGCCCCUGUUUCAGCAAUUACUCACCAACUUAAUUCUCAGUUUGGUUUUGGUACAGGUAGGCGAUAUAUCAAUAUAUAAUGCGGAUCUUUUAGCUUUCAUUGCUGAGCAAUAUUUACUUUCAAUUAAAUUUGUGUGCAAAUCAA